AUGGAGUCGCUCUUCGGGGCCGACUCGGACGGCUCGGGCGACGAAAAGGGCAGCCCUGGGCGCUCUGGCGACGAUCGCCAACGUCGCAGCUUGAGUCGCUCGGGCAGCGACGCGAGUGCGAAGGAUGAGCCACGUGGCAGGCGAGGAAGCGGCUCUGGUGACGACUGGAACGACCGCCGAGGAGGGGAGAGGGGGGAGGGAAGAGCGGAAGGGAGAAGAGACGAGAUGAACGGCGGAAGCGGGCGGGAAGGCAGGGGGGGGAGUAGGAAGGGGAGCGACGAGGAAGGGGAUGGGAAGCGGGAGCGGGAGGGGGAGCGCGCGCGGGGCCAGGCACAGCGGCGACGAGGGGGGCGACAGGUGAUUGACGAUGAUGAUGAGGAGGAUGGGGAAGGGGAUGGGGAGGGCAGUGGGCGGAGGAGAGGCGGGUUUGGGGGAAGGCAAGGGGCAAUGGAGGAUGAGGAGGAGGAGUUUGAGGAGAGACAGGAGGAAAGGGGCAGGAGCCCGAGGUCCCCGAAGCAUCGCCACUCCCCUCACUCUCCCAGGGAGCGACCCAAAGGGCCUCCUUUGGAGCUCGAUCUCGCGCUCUUCGACCCCCCUGCUCCACCCGACAAGAUGGUGAUGGUGAUGGCGAGCAACAUAGUGGGCAUCCAGGCGGCCCCAUUCGACCCAGACACAUACGAGGAGGGCGGCCCGCAGAACCUCAUUCGCUGGCGCCACGUGCGCCGCCCCGAUGGCACCAUGGGGGUGGAGAGCAAUGCGCGCAUGGUGCGAUGGUCGGACGGCUCGCUGCAUCUGCUGCUGGGCGCGGAAGUGCUGGCGACAGACAUCAAGAGCAUGCAGCAUGACAAGGCACACCUCUUUGUGCGCCACCCCAAGCAAGGGGUGGUGCAGGGGCAGGGGCAGCUUCUGGAGAAGAUGCGCUUCCGGCCGUUUGACACGCACAGUCUGAUUCACAAGAAGCUGACGCUGGGGCUGGACUCCAAGUACCGCAAGGGCAAGGAGCUCAAGAGCAUCGUGACCACGGGCGACCCCGAGAAGGAGAAGGAGGAGCGCGAGCGGGAACGGGCGCAACAAAUCCCCAUUCCUCCCCCUUUCUCCCCAUUCCUCCCCCUUUCUCCCCAUUCCUCCCCAUUCCUCCCCCUUUCUCCCCAUUCCUCCCCCUUUCUCCCCAUUCCUCCCCAUUCCUCCCCCUUUCUCCCCAUUCCUCCCCCUUUCUCCCCAUUCCUCCCCAUUCCUCCCCCUUUCUCCCCAUUCCUCCCCCUUUCUCCCCAUUCCUCCCCCUUCCUCCCCCUUCCUUCCGCUUCCUCCCCCUUCCUCCCCGCCUUCCUUCCCGCCUUGCAGAGCACACAGCAGCAGAUCCGCACUAAUCCGCACGAAGGAGUCCCUGAGGCAGGAGCAGGAGAAGUUGUGCUUCUCGGCUCUCACCAGCAUCUCAGUUGUCUCCUUUGCAACAACCCUAUCUCCCCCCACCCACCCAUCUCUUCCGCCUUGCAGAGCAUACAGCAGCAGAUCCGCACCAAGGAGACGCUGAGGCAGGAGCAGGAGAAGCGAGCGCGGAAGUACUCCAACCAGCCGCAGCAGCGCGCUGCACGGGACCGCGAGCAGCAGCGAUAUGGCGGGGGAUACAGGCAACAGUGCUAUACCCUGCACUCUCUUGCGCUCCUCACCACCCCUUCCUUUCCCCACCCCCCUCUGCCUCUUUCAUCCUGCCUGCGCCCUCCCUCCCACCACCAGCGCUCUCCCUCUUACGACCAUCGCCCCGCCAAGGCAGCAAAAUUCUCAGGCAGAGGAGGGCGGUACAGCAAUGAGGAGGACUCAGAUGAGGACAAAGGCCGCGGGGGGUAUGAUGAGGGGCGGGGGGGCAGGGGCAGGAGAGUGGAGGAAUCUGAUGAGGAGGGGUAUGGGCGGAGAGGGGGGGACAGGGGGCGGGGAGGAGGGGAGGAGCAGGGAGGGGAUGAGGAGGAUUGGAUGGAGGAGAGGGAGGAGAGCAAGAAGGCAGCGGCGUGGCGGAGGAAGAGAGUGGUGGAGAGCGAUGAGGAUGAUUAG